AUGAAUAAUUCAAUUAAUCCAUAUUCUUUUAAUGUUUUAACCCCACAUAACGUGGUUCCCAGUGAAGCAAUGAACUUUCAGUUUAAUUAUCCAUUCCCUAGUGCUAGUAAUUUUAAUGCUGUAACCUAUGGAAUACCACCCGAGCAAACUAACAUAAGUAACCCUUCUGAACCAUGGAUUGGUGCAUGGCUGACUAAAAUUGGUAAGACCCAUCCAACACCUGAAAUUCCAAAGAAAAAGUCUAAACACAAUAUUUCUUCCGCUCGAGCAUCACUGAAAACCUGUCUUGACAUUCUAGAUAAACUUAAUGCAAUUAGUGAUGACUUACGAACCAACGUUCAAAAAUUAUCUUCAGCAGAUUGGAAGAAAAAAACCAUAAAAAUUGGUCAGUUGAAAGAAAAUUAUUCUAUAAUUAUGAAUAAUUUGUGCAAUCCUGAAAAUUUGGCAUCGCUGCAAAAAGUAGUAAAGGAUAGAAAGAGGAAAAGGUCAACCCAAAAGAAAAAAAGAAUACAAAAACAGGCUGAUAAAAAGCAAGAAAAGGAGGAAAUCCGUAAUAUUAAUCAACAUAUUGAUAGAUGGUUAGAGGUACAGAAAGAAGAAGAUAAUAGGAUUAAAAUGGAGGAAUUAAUGAACAAAGAUAUUGACUGUAAUCUUUCAGAUGUUAAUAAAAAGAAAUCUGAUGCUAAAAAAAAUUUGUCUCUGAUCAGAGCUCUGGUUAAAUUACGUCAAAUAAGGGAAACCAUACAUUCCCAAAGAGGAGAAAAGACUUCUUUAGAAGACAAACAGGCUUUUGCUACUACAACUGCAAAAAUGUUAAAAAUUUGGGAGAAUGCCUCUAAAAUGUAUAAUGUAGAAGAAAACAUGUUGAAAACAAUGUUGGAGAAAACAGCUAAUGAAAAUUUAAGGAAUAAGGAAUUACGCAAAGAAAAAGAGACACUUUUUCUUUGGGAGAGGGCUAUAUUUGGAGAUAAGGUAAUUGCUAAUCCUGCAAAUGCUUCUCACUGGGCUCUGACAGCUGCUGAAAGGGACAUGGAAACUUUCAUAGCUAUCAGAAAAAGUUGGGAUACUUUCUUAGUCUCUCCUUCAGAAGGUUCAAGUUUGCCUUUGGGAUGGGUGUUUCCUCCAAAUCAAUGCUCUGAGGAAUGGAAAAGAUUUCAAGCACACUAA